UUUCAAGAUGUUAACGUCUUGUUGGUCGUUGGAUACGGAUUUCUGAUGACUUUUCUGAAGAAAUACGCCUUUAACGGUGUAGGAUUUAAUCUAUUGCUAUGCUCGCUGACCAUCCAAUGGAGUUUCAUUAUGCAAAAUAUCUGGAAAAUGCAAUCUGGAGUUAUGCAUUUUGGCAUUGUUAGUAUGGUGGAAGCUAAUAUUGCAUCUCUAGCCGUUCUUGUAUCAACUGGUGCUGUCUUGGGAAGAAUAAAUCCCCUACAACUUAUAAUAAUGUCCUUAAUUGAAACAGUUUUGUACAGUUUUAAUAAAGAAUUGGGAUUGAAUACUUUUAAGGUUACCGAUGCUGGAAAUUCAAUUUUUGUCCACGUUUUUGGCGCUUAUUUUGGUUUGGCAGUGUCCUUUUCUCUGUAUCAAUCCGAAUUUUCAAAAAUAAAUUAUGGGAAAUCAAAUUUGUUUUCGUUAAUAGGAACACUAUUUUUGUGGGCAUUUUGGCCAAGUUAUAACUCUUCUGGAAUCUUAGGGAACGAUCGUCAUCGAGCUAUUAUAAACACGUAUUUAGCUCUGGUUACCUGCACUUUGACUACUUUUGGUUUAUCUUCUCUGCUCGAAGGACACAAUCGAUUCAAUAUCAUUCACAUACAAAAUUCAUCAAUCGCCGGUGGUGUAGCCAUUGGAACUGUAUCAAAUAUGAUGAUCCAACCGUACGGCGCCAUGUUGGUUGGUUUCGCAGCAUCCAUCGUAUCCGUAUUUGGUUACGCAUUUUUAAAGCCUCUAUUAGCAAGAAAACUUAAAAUUCAAGACACUUGCGGUGUGCAUAAUUUACAUGGACUCCCCGGAGUAAUGGGAGGAAUCUUAGGUGUUAUUUUGACCUUAAAGGCUAAAGAAAGCAAUUAUGGAUUCGGUAUCUACGAACUGUUUCCGGCUCUUGCUCCAUUAGAGAAUUCAACAGAUCUAUACGAAAUUCAUGCUGAUUAUGUACCUAUCGAUGCAGGAAAAAAUCGCUCUUUAUCUCAGCAGGCUGUCUAUCAACUGGUCGCGUUAUUUUCUACGCUGGCAAUUUCAAUUAUUGGAGGACUUCUAACAGGUGUUCUUUUAAAGCUACGCAUAUGGGAUCCUUCCGAUCACGAAUAUUCGUGUGAUGUUAAUUUUUGGAAACUGAACGAGCAUUCUAAACAAAGACAAUCUUUUAAUAUCGAAUAAAAUAUAGCUGGACCAUCAAAGAAGUAAUGAUAUGAGAGAGAGAGAGAGAGAGAGACUGAAGGUCAGAAAUAUAGAUAUACCAGUGUAAAUGGUUACAGCCUGUUAACUGAACGGCAGAAAGUAGACUAUGUAAAGCUGCCCUUUAGUAUUAUCCUACGGGAAAGUGAGAUCAAGGAAGAGCAUGGAAAAGAUUGAGAUUACAACCAUGUAAGACUGAAGAGAUAGGACUGGAAUGGACCUAAUUCAAUAUUCAUAAAUGAUGAUGCUGCUGAAU